AUGCUGGCCAAAUCACAUGAUUUUGGCAGUACUGAUAAUCAAGAAGGACAGGGUCAUCCAGUAAUUCGGACUUUGUAUGAUCAUUUGGAAGAAGUGACAUGCUUAGAGUUCCACCCUAACAAGCCAAUUUUAGCUUCGGGCUCUCGAGAUUGUCAUGUUAAACUUUUUGAUUAUUCAAUUAACGAUGUCGAACCUAUAACAUGUAUAAGUUUUCAUCCCGGUGGAGACUAUAUGGUAAUGGGCACCAAUAGCCCAAUCAUAAGAUUUUAUGAUGUAAAUACAGUUCAAUGUUAUGUUUGUUCAGUUCCUAGUCAUCAACAUACUGGUCCUGUUACAUCAAUAAAGUAUGAACCAGGUGCCAAGUAUUUUGCGUCUUCUAGUCGAGAUGGUUCAAUUAAAUUGUGGGACGGUAUAUCUAAUAAAUGUGUUAACACAUUUGAAAAAGCACAUGAUGGUAGUCAAGUGUGUUCUGUGACAUUUACAAGAAAUGGAAAGUACAUCUUAUCAUCAGGCAAAGAUUCUGUAGUGAAACUUUGGGAGCUGUCCACUAGUAGAUGUCUGAUUGCAUAUACUGGAGCUGGAACAACUGGAAAACAAGUACAUCGUACACAAGCAUUGUUUAAUCAUACUGAGGAGUAUGUCAUGUUUCCAGAUGAAGUCACUACAACUUUGUGCGCAUGGAAUGCACGCAAUGCUUCUCGGCAGCAACUUUUAUCUCUAGGCCAUAAUGGACCUAUUCGUUCGAUUGUGCAUUCUCCAAAUUCAGCAACAUUUUUGACUUGUUCAGACGACUUUAGAGCCCGUUUUUGGUAUAGAAAACACUUGAUUGGAGCAUAG